AAUUAGAGAGCAAAAUAUUUCAGGGUGAAGCCAACCAAACAAAAUCGAUAAUUGCCGCAGAGCUUCAGCUAGAAUCAUUUAAACAAGAACCGCGUUGAAGGUGCAAAGGUGAGCCUAUGCUAUGGGUUAAAAACCAAACAGCAUUGCCAACAAGAGAAAGAGGAGUAGGAGGGGGUAUUUUGGUAAUUAGAGAAGUUGAGGAAGGAAGGAGGGUGGUUAGUGAUUUGAUUCUUGUCUUCCUCCCCACUGUUCCCCUGUCACCAUAAUCAACCAAUUUAACACCAACAACACUCUAUCUAACAAACUCAUUCAUUUCACAUUUUUUGAGAUCUCGAAUCACAAUUUCACAUAGAGAUAUGAGAGAACCAUCGACGGCGAUAAUUGAAACCAACGGUGGCGGCGUUUCUUCACCGCCGCCUCAAGCACUCCUUGAGAGACUCAAAGACUACGGUCAGGAAGACGUUUUUUCUCUAUGGGAUGAACUCUCCAAUGAGGAACGCGAUUUUCUCGUCAAGGACAUCGAAAGUUUAGAUCUUUCCAGAAUCGACCGGAUUAUUCGAUGUUCAUUGCGAUCUCAAGGGCUACCAGCAGCUGCCAUUGAACCGGUGCCGGAGAGCAAUGUUUCAAAGGUGGAAGAACGAAGCCAAGAGGAACGAGAAAGAUGGUGGAAAAUGGGAUUGAAAGCUAUUUCAGACGGCAAAGUCGCUGUUUUGCUUUUAUCCGGUGGCCAGGGGACUAGGCUUGGAAGUUCAGAUCCAAAAGGAUGUUUCAAUAUUGGACUACCAUCUGGAAAAUCACUUUUUCAACUUCAAGCAGAGAGGAUUUUGUGUGUGCAGAGAUUAGCUGCUCAUGCUACAAAUGAGAGUUCUGCUUCUUCGGUGCAAAUACACUGGUAUAUAAUGACUAGUCCAUUCACUGAUGAGGCAACACGCAAAUUCUUUGAAAGUCAUAAAUAUUUUGGUCUUGACGCAGAACAAGUUACCUUUUUCCGGCAAGGGACCAUCCCGUGUGUUUCCAAGGAUGGUAGAAUUAUUUUGGAGACUCCGUAUAGGGUAGCAAAAGCUCCUGACGGUAAUGGUGGAGUGUAUUCAGCUCUGAAGUCUACCAAAUUAUUGGAGGAUAUGGCCUCAAAAGGAAUCAAGUAUGUUGAUUGCUAUGGAGUUGACAAUGCACUGGUUCGAGUUGCUGAUCCAUCUUUUAUAGGUUACUUCAUUGAUAAAGGUGUCACUGCUGCAGCAAAAGUCGUCCGCAAGGCAUACCCGCAAGAAAAGGUUGGAGUGUUUGUACAGAGAGGUAAAGGUGGUCCUCUUACCGUGGUUGAAUACAGCGAGUUGGACCCAUCACUAGCUUCUGCAGUUAAUCAAACUACUGGCCGUCUUCGUUUUUGUUGGAGCAACGUCUGCUUACACAUGUUUACUUUGGAUUUUCUAAAUCAAGUAGCAAAUGGCCUUGAAAAGGACAGCAUUUACCACCUUGCAGAGAAGAAAAUCCCUUCCAUACAUGGAUAUACAAUGGGAUUAAAACUUGAACAGUUUAUAUUUGAUGCAUUUCCAUAUGCUCCUACAACUGCACUUUUUGAGGUAUUACGCGAGGAGGAAUUCGCACCUGUAAAAAAUGCAAAUGGAUCCAAUUAUGACACUCCAGAUAGUGCUAAAAUGCUUGUUUUUCGACUUCAUACUCGUUGGGUAGUUGCUGCAGGUGGCUUCUUAACACAUUCAGUGCCCUUAUAUGCAACAGGUGUUGAAGUGUCACCGCUCUGUUCAUAUGCGGGUGAAAACCUGGAACCUAUAUGUCGAGGAAGAACAUUUCACGCACCUUGUGAGAUUUCAUUCUAGUUCUAUCCUGUUUGUGUGGCUUGUUGCGAUUGCAGUGAGGGAUUUCUCAGUCCCAUACAUUUCUGAAGAUAUAUUUAUGUAUGCCUCUCAUCAUUCACAUGUAUCAAUGUAUCUGAUUAUCUGUAUCUUUUCCAAUCAGUUUUUGAUUGGCUUUUUUGUUUUUGGUUUUUAACUUUUAAUUUUUUAUCACCUGAUAUGUAUCAAUGUAAUCUGUUUCAUCAAUGUACAUGUAUCAUAUUUGUAUUGACAAUUUAUUUGCCCGUGCAGAAUCAAAUCCGCAGUCCAAUUUUCCUGAUAUUUCCUGAA